AGUUGGUGGAAAUCCCCACGUGGUUCCGUCUCCUAUUAAAAAAAAAAAAAAAAAAAACUUUGGAGGUCUUGUUGUGGCGACUGCAGAGGGAGAAAGGACUCUGUGUCUGGAGCAUCAAGACAUCAUCAUCAUCAAGACAAAACCGAGCCGCUCAUUUUUGCAUGCACGCACACAAGGGCGCACGGUACCGGCGCGCAAUCUACCGGCGAACCUUGUUCCUUAUCUUCAGGAUGACUAAGAAGUUUGAAUGAAAGGACAACUGGACUUGGAGACUUUUAUAUCGUGGCUCAACUGAACUUUUAUUUUACGCGUGCGUAAAGUGGAUGAGUGACGUUCGGGAGUGUGUUCUAGUGAGGUUUGGAGGAUAUUUCACUGACCCACCGUGGAGUUCUUUUGGAUUUUAUCUCCAGCUUUUCCCUGCUCGGAAUAUGACGUCCACGCCGAUGAAGAUGACUUCCUCUGCAGCGGUUUUGUUUUUUCUCUGCCUUCUUUCGGCGCGCUCUGAGACUCAAAGCUCGUCCGCGGAGUCUUGCGCGUCGUGCGGCAUCAGGGCUCCGGACCAGUCGGAGCGCAUCAAUGUGGACUUCCUGGAGGCGGUGAAGAGACACAUUCUGAACAGACUGCAGAUGAGGGAGAGACCCAACAUCACUCAUCCCAUCCCCAAGGCAGCGAUGGUGACCGCGCUGAGGAGGCUGCACGCCGGGAAAGUGCGGGAGGACGGCCGGGUGGAGAUCCCCACUUUGGACGGACACGCGUCCUUCAACAACGAGGUUCUAGCCGAGACCUCGGAGAUUAUCAGCUUCGCAGAAACUGAUGAGUACACAUCCCCAAAGUCCAGUCUCUACUUCCUCAUCUCCAACGAAGGCAACCAAAACCUGUAUGUGUCACAAGCCAACCUGUGGCUCUUCUUCCGGGUGUUGCCGUCUGGUCCAGAAAAAGGACUCCGAAGGAAGGUGACGGUCAAAAUCCGCUACCAAGAAUCUGUGAGUGAUAUAGAAGGAGGCCCGGGUGGACACGUCGGAGGAGGCGCAGGUCGCUGGGCCUCGGUGGAGAAGCGCGUGGAUCUGAAACGCAGCGGUUGGCAUACUUUCCCGCUCUUGGAGGCGGUGCGGGCCGUGUUUGGUAAAGUUGGCCGUCGACAGGACCUCGAGAUCCACUGUGAGGAGUGCGAGACAGCUGGAGUGGCUCCGGUGCUCGUCGACCCAGGCGACCCGUCCCACCGACCCUUCUUAGUUGUACGUGCGCGGCAGGUGGACGGAAAGCACCGCAUUCGCAAGCGGGGGCUGGAGUGCGACGGCACCAGCGGGGGGCUAUGCUGCCGGCAGCAGUUUUACAUCGACUUCCGUCUUAUUGGCUGGAACGACUGGAUCAUCGCACCGGCGGGGUAUUACGGCAACUACUGCGAGGGGAGUUGUCCGGCAUACAUGGCCGGCGUUCCGGGAUCGGCGUCAUCCUUCCACACUGCCGUCGUCAACCAAUAUCGUAUGAGAGGAAUUAGUCCCGGUUCAGUCAACUCUUGCUGCAUCCCCACCAAACUGAGUACUAUGUCCAUGCUCUACUUUGACGAUGAAUACAACAUCGUUAAAAGAGAUGUCCCGAACAUGAUUGUGGAAGAAUGUGGCUGUGCUUGAGUCCCAAUUUGUCCCUUAAAGGCCUUUUUGUACAAACAGGACAUUUUUGUACUGUAUACAUUGACAAAAACAUCUGCACGCGCAGGCAAGACACAUUGUAGUACAAUCAAGUAUCAUCAUUUUUUGGUUGCACAUGUCCAUAUGAGUGUAUGUAUUUAUCAGACUGAGUGAUAUGUUGUCCGCUUUGAAGCGGACGGCAUCGGGAGGAGAAGGGAAUGAUGAUCACCAAAUUGUACUUUUUGCUUUUGUUUGCCAUUUCUGGUUAAACGCAACGGCCUGGCAUUGCCAACUGAAAGAAGAUACAAAGCAUUUAAGGGAAGUGACACAAUCGAACUGCUCCUCAGACCCCCUAAGUACUUUAAGCACAUGAGAGACUUGUUUUUUUUUUUGUUUUUUGUUUUUUUUUGAAGCACUGACAAUUCAUCAGCUUAUACAAUUCAGAACACAAGCACUUCACCAGUAUGCCGACAGACACAGUCUGACCGUCCUCUGGUGGAAUUAUACCAGCAGCGCUUAAUGCCUCACAGGAUUUACUCUCUCUGCACCGCAGCAGCAACAGAAAGUCCUCCGCUAUUUUUUUUUUUUUUUUACUCUUAAUUCCAGACCUUGCACCUCACUUUCCUGCCUGUCUGAGUGCUGCAGGCCCUGCGAGACCAAGAUGACCAAGACUAGACACAUCUCAGAAGUGCACUUCGAUAGUGCACGGGAGUAAGACCCCGGGGAACCGAACUCAUUCCUAUACUGCUCAUUUAAGACUUUGUGGGACAAUUGUUUUUCGAUCCAGUGGGUCGCCAUCGUGCAGUGCAGCACUUGUAGAAACUGAAAUGCACACCCUGAUUAGCACUUGUUUAAAGAAUUGCCUUUUAAGGAGUGUCCUGUCCUAUCAUGGAAUAAGUGCCACAAGCUAUGCAAUGUAUAGUCAACUCUACCCGUAAUACAACACGCUCUGUUAGACUGAACAUGGGGGGGUGGGCGAUACUGCAAAUUAUGGUAUUGAUCUGAAAUCAAGCAAAUACAGCACCAGUAUUGCCGAUAUUGACACUUGAAAUUCUUUGAAAUUAUUGAAUGAUUUUGCCUUUAAUUUGUUGCUAUUUUUAGAAUAAAAAGCAGGACAAAUGUUUUAGGCAAUCAAACAAUAUAUAUUUGUACAGUAAACCUCAGAUAUAUCAGAUUCAAUUGUUCCCACUGGUUUUGUCCGAUAUAAGCGAAAUCCGUUAUAUGCGUAUUCCGGAAAAUGUCCGUUUUACGCAUAUAUCGGAUUUAUAUCCGGUAUAUGCGUAAAUCGGAUUUUAUCCGUUAUAAAAAGGCACUUCCUUGACUAUGUUUCCAAUGUACCUGGACGCGCAGGCAACGCUGCAAACGCUGCAAAUGACGUCGUAUAGCGGCCUGUCACGAUUCGGCGAAUCGGAGCGCCACGAUGCGGCCAUCCGAUAUAUGCGAGGGAAAUUUAAUGGAAAUGCAUUGGAACGGGACUGGAGAUUUUGUCCGAAAUAGGCGAAAUCCGUUAUAAAAAAAUCCGAUAUAUGCAAUGAAUUUUUAUUGGAAAUGCAUUACAGAAAAAUUGGUUCUUUUUUUUCUGUCCGUUGUGAGCGAAUUUCCGAUAAAUCCGAGUCCGAUUUAUCCGAGGUUUACUGUAUUAAUAAACUUAAUUGUAAAAAAAAAGCAAAAUAAUACAGUUUUCUUCCAUUCAAUUUAGCAAAAUAUUGUCAAUACUGCAAAAUAAGGCUCUACAAUUGGUUGUCGUUCAAAUCCUUCAAAAGCCCCCACCUAUAACAAUGUCACAAUAUGAGAAACAACAAAAAAAGCAUGGAUCUCUCCGUCUAUUCAGACCACGCCAGGUAUUGACACCGUCAAUAUUAGAAUCGAUCCGCCCACCCCUUACCGAACGCUCUUUUUCUGAAUGUCUCUGUCUUUCUUGUGUUUGCUUUCUCACUCUUUCGCUCGUCAAUCCUCGACUCUUAAUCAAUACUUGAAAUGUAAUCUUUCGCAAUCCUUUCUCAAGCGAAUGAUUGUUGUGAUGUUUGCACUGAAAAGUUGCAGGAUUAGUGAAACAAAAACUGCCAUUGAAAAGUUAUUUUUAUAGUAAGUAAGUAUAUGUUUCAGAUGUAUUUUACAUAACCAAUGGAACCAAAGAGGCCAUGAUUUUUUUUUAGCUAUUGUACCAAGAGGUCAUUGAGUUAUUGUGUAUAAUAAUACUGUUUUGAUCAUUUGCAAAAGGCCUACUUGUAUCAGGGUACAAUACAUGAUUUUGUUGCUUAGAUCUUUUUGUCGAUACACAUUUCAUUUUUCAUCUUUUAAUUCUAUUUUUGUUUCUGUUUUCUAUUUAAUAAAACACUGUUUUUAGUUUCUGUUUAAGAAUCACCCUAGCCAAACAAUGUCAUCUGUACAGCAUAUGUAAAAUAAAAUGUUUUCUUAAAUAUUUUACCACUCUAUAAUUGUUUUUAUGUGUACUUG